GAAAAUUAUAGUGGCAGUCGCCGCAGGUCUCUGCAUCUGUUUUUUACAAAAUUUGGCGCAAUCAAUUUGUUUAUUUCACAACAAUUAGCAAAAUAAUAGCAACACAAAUUCUCCAAUAAUGUCCGGAACGUUUGAACCACGCACUCUCAUCAAUGGCAAUAUGUUAAGAACCCAUUUGGGACAAAAUAUAAGCAUUAUGUUAUGUGUGGAGGAUGAGGCUGGUACAAACUUAACUGGGACCUCUACUGAUGACCAAAAAAUUACUGUGAGUUUGUCCGAUUCGGUGGGAGCGACUAAAGGUGAUUGGAUAGAAGUCAUAGGAAAAGCAUCUGGUCCCUCGGCAAUACGAGCUAGUGAGGCAAUUUUGUUUGGUGGAGAGAAUGUGGAUUUUGAUAAAGAAGGCUACAAUAUGAUGGUUUCAUUUAUGAACAAUUGUAAAGAAAUUUAUCGCCAUGGUUAAUUUUUAUUAAUAAAUUUAAUAAUAAGUAA